UUGUGCCCGAGGCGAGCUGUCCCGUUAAGUGAAGGAGCCAGGCCAUGGCGGUGAGCGCCAGGAGGCUGCUGGCCGCGCUGCUAGCCGUCGCCGCAGCUGCCGCGUCGCAGGCCGCGGAGGAAUCUGAGCCUGGAUGGGACGUGGCAGCCCCUGAUCUGCUUUACGCAGAGGGGACCGCCGCCUACGCGCGCAGCGACUGGCCCGGGGUGGUCCUGAACAUGGAGCGGGCAUUGCGCUCGCGGGCCACCCUACGUGCCCUCCGCCUGCGCUGCCGCACACGCUGCGCGGCCGAGCUGCCGUGGGCGCCUGACCUCGAUCUCGGCCCGGCCCCUAACCUGAGCCAGGACCUGGGCGCCGCCGCCCUGCGCGACCUGCGCUUCUUCGGGGCCCUGCUGCGCCGUGCCGCCUGUCUGCGACGCUGCCUCGGGCCGCCCGCUGCCCACUUACUGAGUGAGGAGCUGGACCUGGAAUUCAACAAGAGGAGUCCCUACAACUACUUGCAAGUCGCCUACUUCAAGAUAAACAAGCUAGAGAAAGCUGUGGCGGCAGCGCACACCUUCUUUGUGGGCAAUCCUGAACACAUGGAGAUGCGGCAGAACCUUGACUAUUACCAAACCAUGUCUGGGGUAAAGGAAGAAGACUUCAAGGAUCUCGAGGCCAAGCCCCAUAUGCAUGAGUUUCGGCUGGGAGUGCGCCUCUACUCCGAGGAAAAGCCCCAGGAAGCUGUGCCCCACCUAGAGGCGGCGUUGCAAGAGUACUUUGUGGCUGACGAGGAGUGCCGUGCCCUCUGCGAAGGGCCCUAUGACUACGAUGGCUACAACUACCUAGACUACAGUGCUGACCUCUUCCAGGCCAUCACAGAUCAUUAUGUCCAGGUCCUCAGCUGUAAGCAGAGCUGUGUCACUGAGCUGGCUUCCCACCCAAGUCGAGAAAAGCCGUUUGAAGACUUCCUUCCUUCACAUUAUAAUUAUCUACAGUUUGCCUACUAUAACAUUGGGAACUAUACACAGGCUAUUGAAUGCGCCAAGACCUACCUUCUCUUCUUCCCUAAUGAUGAGGUGAUGAGCCAGAAUCUGGCCUAUUACACAGCCAUGCUUGGAGAAGAAGAAGCCAGCUCCAUCAGUCCCCGGAAGAAUGCCCAGGAUUACCGACAACAAAGCCUGCUGGAGAAGGAACUGCUUUUCUUCGCUUAUGACAUUUUCGGAAUUCCCUUUGUGGAUCCGGACUCAUGGACCCCGGAAGAGGUGAUUCCCAAGAGACUGCAAGAGAAACAGAAGUCAGAACGUGAAACUGCAGCCCGCAUCUCCCAGGAGAUUGGUGACCUUAUGAAGGAGAUCGAGACCCUCGUGGAGGAAAAGACCAAGGAGUCUUUGGAUGUGAGCAGACUGACUAGGGAAGGUGGCCCCUUGCUGUAUGAAGGCAUCAGUCUCACUAUGAACUCCAAAGUCUUGAACGGCUCCCAGCGGGUGGUGAUGGAUGGUGUGAUCUCUGACGACGAGUGCCAGGAGCUGCAGAGACUGACCAACGCAGCAGCAACUUCCGGAGAUGGCUACCGAGGUCAGACCUCUCCACACACCCCAAAUGAAAAGUUCUACGGUGUCACCGUCCUCAAGGCUCUCAAGCUUGGGCAGGAAGGGAAAGUUCCUCUGCAGAGUGCCCACAUGUACUAUAAUGUGACAGAGAAGGUUCGGCGUGUCAUGGAGUCCUACUUCCGCCUGGACACACCCCUCUACUUCUCCUACUCCCACCUCGUGUGCCGCACUGCAAUAGAAGAGUCGCAGGCUGAGAGGAAGGACAGCAGCCACCCAGUCCAUGUGGAUAACUGCAUCCUGAAUGCCGAGUCCCUCGUGUGCAUCAAGGAGCCCCCUGCCUACACUUUCCGAGACUACAGUGCCAUCCUUUACCUCAAUGGGGACUUUGAUGGAGGAAACUUUUACUUCACUGAACUAGAUGCCAAGACUGUGACGGCAGAGGUGCAGCCCCAGUGUGGAAGGGCUGUGGGGUUCUCUUCCGGCACUGAGAACCCACACGGAGUGAAGGCUGUCACCAGGGGGCAGCGCUGUGCCAUUGCCCUGUGGUUCACGCUGGACCCUCGACACAGUGAGCGAGACAGGGUGCAGGCAGAUGACCUGGUGAAGAUGCUCUUCAGCCCAGAAGAAGUGGACAUCCCCCAAACGCAGCCCCUGCACGACCAACAGGGCUCCCCAAAACCUGGAGACAAGUCUCUGUCAGACAGAGAGUUGCAGCACAAAGAUGAGCUAUGACAGCAGCUAGGUCACACAUGGUGUCACUGGACCCAUGGGAACUCGGUCCUGCAGCCUGGACUUCCCAGCCCCUCGGCUGCAGAGUGAGGGGCACCUUUGUCCGCUCACCAGCCAAAGGAUCCUGCCCACAGCCUUCCCCAUGGUGCUACUGUUCUUAGAGUGGACGCGGCAGGGCGCCACUCCUCCGGGCUUGGCUGAGGGCUCAGGACAUAGGCCCAGAACCACCCUGGGGCCUAUGUAGGCAGCUGCCAAAUGGCAGCAUGAUAUUUAAAUGUCUGUAUAGACAACCAAAGAAUAAAUGAUUCACGUUUUUUCAUUUAGUGGUUUGUUCCAGGAGAGGAAGUGUUUCCAUUCUACCCCGGAGACCAUGUUUGGUAGCAGUUUCUCUGGCCAGUGUGUGGUGGCCCAUGCUACACAGGAAGGCCUGGCCCAAUACGCAACAGGGUUACUUCCUGUGCAGCCUCAGGCCAGAUGCUGAACCCAGGUACAGAAGGGGCAUCUUGAUCCUCACUGUGUCCACCUUCUGCGGGACCUGAGUGGCCCAGACACAGCACCGAGUGUGACAGCACUCCGUACACUGUAAAGCCGUGGACGAAGCAUCCGGGCUGUUGCUAAUCCUGGAGAGCAGCAAUCAGCAGUGCUCUGGCAUGUUUGCUUCCUGCUCUGCUGGACCUGAGACCAGAAACACAGAACUGGAGAUUCAGUUCCUCUGACCACACAGCCAGCACCAAGCCUUCACCACGCUUGAGAUGCCACAGGACAGAGUGUAGGAACCUGCGCCUGAACAAUCAUUAGUCAGUCAGACAAUAUUUAUUUAGUGAGCAGCAGCCUCGUAAUGGGAUCAUGAGAGGGAACAAAGUAAGCCUGGUCCUCACAGAGCUGUGUUUUAUAGGAGAUACAUAAUAAACGUGUAAAUAUCA